AUGAUGGAAUUUGUACUCGUGGGCUUUUCUGACAGUCCCCAUCUCCAGUGGAUACUUUUUGGGAUAUUUUUACUUAUGUACUUGACAAUUCUGUUAUGCAACAGCCUCAUCAUAGUAAUUACAAGGACAGAUGCCACCCUCCAAACACCGAUGUAUUUUUUCCUUAGCCAUUUUUCCUUUCUGGAAAUCUGCUAUGUAAAUGUCACGGUGCCACGCAUGCUCACGGAUCUCUGUUCCCAAAAGGGAAACAUCUCCUUUUUCGCCUGUGCUACCCAGAUGUGUUUUGUCCUUAUGCUGGGAGGCACUGAAUGCCUGCUUUUGACAGUGAUGGCCUAUGACCGUUACGUGGCCAUCUGCAACCCUCUGAACUAUGCUCUGGUCAUGAGCCACAAGGUCUGCGUGCAGCUGGUGGCCGCCUCGUGGGGCAGUGUCAUUCCAGUCGUGAUUGGACAAACCUGCCAGAUCUUCUCUUUGCCAUUCUGUGGGUCUCACCGGAUCAAUCAUUUCCUCUGUGACCUUCCUCCCGUCCUCAAGCUCGCCUGUGGCGACACUUUUGUGAAUGAGAUAGCAGUCUAUUUGGUCGCAAUGGUGUUUGUCACCAUUCCCUUUCUGUUGAUCAUCGUGUCCUAUGGCAAAAUCAUCUCCAACAUCCUGAGAUUGUCCUCGGCCAAAGGGAGGACUAAAGCCUUCUCCACUUGCUCCUCUCAUUUGAUAGUGGUAGUCUUAUUCUAUGGCACUGCUAGUAUCACUUAUUUACAGCCCAAACCGAACCAAUCUGAGGCAAUUGGGAAGUUACUGUCUCUUUUCUACACCAUUUUGACUCCUACGGUGAACCCCAUCAUCUACACACUGAGAAACAAGGAUAUCAUGGUGGCUCUGAGAAAAAUACUAACCAAGUUAUUACCAUGA